GCGCGGGGAGGCGCGGGCAGCGGCGGCGGGCUGGGGGCACGGCGCGCCCGGGCGUCAGUCCGGUAGCGGCGGCGGCAGCAGGAACGCGUCCCGGCGCCGCCUCGGGCUCCGCUCUGCUCUGAGGCUGCUCCGGGAGGAGGAGAGCGAGGCGAGGGGCUGCGAGCCGUAGGGCCCUCGGGCCGGGCGCAUGGCUUAGGGACGCCCCCGCCCGCUGCACCCCCAGCAUGGGGAAACUUCACUCCAAGCCGGCCGCCGUGUGCAAGCGCAGGGAGAGCCCGGAAGGUGACAGCUUCGCAGUGAGCGCCGCCUGGGCUCGGAAAGGCAUCGAAGAGUGGAUCGGGAGGCAGCGCUGCCCGGGUGGCAGCUCCGGACCCCGACAGCUGCGGGCGGUGGGCACCGUUGGCAGAGGAACCCGGGAGCUUGUGGGCGAAGUUUUCAGAGAAACGCUCAGCGAGGAGGAAGAGGAGGACUUCCGGCUAGAAGUGGCCCUGCCUCCCGAGAAGACGGACGGGCUGGCCAGUGGCGAUGAGAAGAGGAUGGAGAAGGUCGGGGACUCUUGCCCCGGCUCCAAGAAGCAGCUGAAAUUUGAUGAGCUGCAGUGUGACGUGUCGGUGGAGGAGGACAGCCGGCAGGAGUGGACCUUCACCCUGUAUGACUUUGACAACAACGGCAAGGUCACCCGUGAGGACAUCACCAGCCUGCUGCACACCAUCUAUGAGGUGGUGGAUUCCUCUGUCAACCACUCCCCGACGUCCAGCAAGACGCUGCGGGUAAAGCUCACCGUGGCCCCCGACGGGAGCCAGAGCAAGAAGAGCAUCCUUCUCAAUCACCCUGGGGAAGGGCUGGAGCACCAUCCUGCCCGCGGGGACCUGCAGAGCACCAGGCCCAGAGCAGAGACCAAGCCCGCGGAGGAACUGCGAAGCUGGGAGAAGAAGCAACGGGCUCUCCUCAGGUUCCAGGGUGACAGCCGUCUGGAGCAGUCUGGCUGCUACCACCAUUGCGUAGAUGAGAACAUUGAGAGGAGAAACCACUACUUAGACCUCGCCGGCAUAGAAAACUACACAUCCCAGUUUGGGCCUGGCUCCCCGUCAGUGGCCCAGAAGUCAGAACUGCCCCCCCGCGCCUCCAACCCCACUCGAUCUCGCUCCCACGAGCCCGAAGCUGCCCACAUCACGCACCGGAAGCCCCCAGGCGCGGACCCCAGCUCCUUCCACUUUCUCGAUGCCCCCUUCGCCAAGGUCUCCGAGGUCCAGCAGCGGCUCCGGGGUGGCACCCAGGACGGGAGCAAGCACUUUGUGAGGUCCCCCAAGGCCCAGGGCAAGAGCGUGAGUGUGGGCCACGGGGCCAGAGGGGCCAGAAGCAAACCCCCAGUGGGACCCGCCGUCCCUGCAGUGCCCGCCUCCGGCCACCUGGCCGCCAGUCCCGCCCUCCUCCCCACGCUGGCGCCCCUCGGGCACAAGAAGCACAAGCACCGCGCCAAGGAGAGCCAGCCGGGGUGCCGGGGCGUGCAGGCGCCCCUGGCCGUGGGCGGCCCCGUUGUGGGGCGGGACCACGUGCGGGAGCUGCCCGCCGUGGUGGUGUACGAGAGCCCGGCGGGCCAGGCGGUCCAGAGACACGAGCAUCACCACCACCACGAACACCACCACCAUUACCACCACUUUUACCAGACAUAGAGCCCUGCCCACCCCGCCCCCGCCAUGUGAAGGACCCCCUCCCCCUGCCCGCAAGGCAUUAUUAUUCUAUUAAUUAUUGUUAUUAUGACGAUUAUUGUUAUUAAUAAUUAUUGGUACUCCACUAAUAUUCAGCUAGCCUCCAUGUAGAAGCUAUACGGGAACACAGAACUAAACUUUUAUUUAUAUGUUGUGGGGACUGCAUAACUCAUCCAAGAAGUGACUCUGGGUUUGGAAGUGGCCUGCAGAGGCAGAGGCUCCCCCAACCCCCGGGGGUGCGGGGGGGGGGCGGGCUCCGGAGCGGCAGAGCUGGGGUGUCCGCUCAGGCCAUCCCACGCCUUUCCCAGCCCCGGGCGAGCCCUCCGCCAGAACUCCGUCCCACCCCAGUCUCUUCCAGGAGAGCACCCUUGCCUGGCCUGGCUUCCAGAGACCCUCCAAAUCUCCGAGAAGAUAAACAGCUGCUACCUCUUAGUAUGAUUCUGAUUUUAUUGUGCCCUUCACUGACGGUAACGUGCUACAAGGGAUUUCAGCGGACUGCAGAUGGCGCGACUUCCCCGGCUGUGGUGUUUUCAAUGUCCCAACCUAGAAACCUUAGCUAUCCUUUCUGGAAGUACCUUUCACGCCUUUCCAGCGGACUCGCGUCCCUGCCCCCAAACCAGUCCCGCCUUUUCGGCCGCACACCAAGAAAAUACAUUUCUCUUUUCUCCUCUCGUCCUCCUCUCUUCUUUAGAAAGCUACACACGCAUAUUGAAAGACUGCCCUUGGAACCAGCUUUCUCGUCUUGGUAACCUCUGCCGAGGGAACCAACCACGUAAACAAGCAUGGGGUUCCGAGAUCGGGCAGUUGUGUGGUGUUGGUUGUGACGGAAGAUGUGGAAACCUCGGGUCCUACCAUUGGCAAAUAUAUACCUACCUAUGUGCUUCUCUACCAGAGCUUCCUGUAUCUGUAGAUAGAUGCUGUCUGUCCAUUUCUAUGUAUCUUUCUAUAAAUAUACACUCUCAGGUAACUUUUCUGGUGUGCAGAAAUCGGUGCUUUGCUUCUCAAGACACAUCCAGAGCCCAGAUGUGACCCUGUGUGCCUCUCGUUGAGACUGCUGUCAGUUACCUGCUGUUAGCCACUUGCCUCUCACUGGGGAUCCUUUCUGGGGUUUGGGACCUGGCAGAUUUUGGAGAGGCCUGUUGGAGUACAGAAAGUUUAGAGGGAGAGUUCCCAUUGUGGCUCGGUAGGUUAAGAACACGACUGGUCCAUAUGAGGAUGCAGGUUCAAUCCCUAGCCUCGCUCAGUGGGUUAAGGAUCUGGCAUUGCCAUAAGCUGUGGCAUAGGUCGCAGAUGCAACUUGGAUCCCCCAUUGCUGUGGCUAUGGCCUAGGCCAGCAGCUUCAGCUCCAAUUCGACCCCUAGCCUGGGAACUUCCGUAUGCCAUGGAUGUGGCCCUAAAAAGAAAAAAGAAGAAGCAGCUUGGAGGGACAUGGAGACAGUGGCCAGAAUUGGGACCCUGGAGCAGUGUCUUCUGCAGAGCUGGAUAGUGUGAGGUUGAGACCUGGGAAGGCCAGGCAAAAGACCCCUGUCAACCACUCAGGGACCCUGUGAAAACCAGAGAACGCACACACUCUAACUGGGUGACCAAAGUGAGCUUAAUAAAGGGAAUAUUUACAAAGUGGGGGCAGAGCCUCUUGAAAGAGGGCAGGGUCCUGGGCUGGCACUGUGGGUGCCAGUCCCUCCCCUGGUGUGGAGUGGUUGGCCGGGAGCAUCCUCAGCAGAGAGAGAGGUGGGGGAACCUGAAAGAGCUGUGACCUUUACUGGAAGGAUGCAGCCAGCCUGCGGGACCCUGUAGGGAAAGGACUUCCUGACCUCACUGUCUUGCCUGCCUGAAUCCUGCUGAGACUGAAGCCACCGGAAGUCAGAGUAGGGAGCUCUUGAUGGGGGUCCCCCUGGGAGUUCUUCCAGGGAAGAGGAGAGAGGAGGGGGAAUCUGGAGGGGCACAGGAAGAACAUGUGGAUCAACUGCCUGCCUUUCUGCUGCUUGGUCUCCCAACUGGCACCCCCUUUUCCAGAGCUUCUGGUGUUGGUUUAAUGCGAUUGGUAAGGAGUUAUUUUUGAAGCUAGUGUGCUGAGGUAUUGUCCCCGUAUUCGCUUUAUUAUUAGUUACUGAUGAGCCUGGGACUAGAUUAGCACAGUUAAUCCUGAGGACAACGCUGAAGCAGCCAGUGCAAGCUCAGGGAGCUCAGCAGGCUCAGAGAGGUUGAGUAACUCUUGAGGCCACACAGCAGGUGGCAGAGGUGGGAUUCUGGUCUUUCCCAGGAUCCCUUAACCAGUGGAUUCGGGCUUCCUUUGUUUGGGGUGGUGGGCUUCUAGUCAGUCAGCAAGUAGCUCAAACUGACUGGAAUGUAACCAAAGCAGGAAAGGCAGAGAGGGAGCUGGCUUUGAGAUAACAGGAUCCAUGAUGUGAAUGAAGCCGAGACUUGCUGGUUCUUGUUGCUCCCGAUCUGUAUUUAUAUUUUCACCCUGACAUGCUUUGCCAUGGUGUGGGGGCUGCUGGCAUUCUGGGUUGCCCAACCAGAUUUUUAAAAAAGGAUUUUCCCCUAGGACAAGCCCAGGGAAGGAUUCUGAUUGGCUGGGCUUGAAUCUGGUACCCAUCCCUGGAGCAAUCACCGUGGCCCACCUGGAGUCACGUGUCCAACCUGUGGGGAAGGGGUGGGGCCUGUGCCGGAAGAAGGGACAGGAGGAUGCUGAGCAGACAAGAGCAGAUGAUGCCCCAGGCCGAGAAUGGCUGCAACCAUGGAAACGAGCCAGGCAUUGGGUCCACAGAGGGAGGCUUUUUGUGGUCUGGUUGCCUUAGAGCAUUUCCUCAGCCUGUGAGAGGAGGUCCCUGCCAUCUCCCCAAGCUCCAUGCCUCUCAGGAUUCUAUCUUGGUACCUGGGAUUUACUUAACUUUAAAAAAAAUCAUAACACGCGCUUGUAGAAUAUUCUGAUAGUACUCAGAGGUGUACAGGAAGAAAUAUACUUCCCUUUGACUUCCCCAACCCCAGCUUCCUGGUACCUUUUGGGCCUUCAGUGUGGUUUGGUGAUGUGAGCACAGAUGUUGGUGCCCGGUUACCCAGGUUCAAAUCCGAACUCCGGCCCUUAGUAGCUCCGUGUACCUCUCAAGCCUCAGCCUCCCCUUUAUAAAGGAGGAUCGUGAGAGACCUACCCCAUGGGGUCAUCGUGAGAACUCAGUGAGUUAAAACAGUGCCCACAGGAGUGUCACUGCCAUUUUUUUUUAACAAGAAUAAAUACAUCUA